AUGUCCUCUUUCAAGACACAUCUCACCGUUCUUGCCGAAAGCGCAGCUACUUACCCAACUCGGCCCGUCUUCAGGAUCCCAAUUGUCGACACACAAUCACGCCGUGUACGAGACUGGAAUACCAUUACGUACAGCCAAUUCCAGUCCGACGUCGAGCUCUACGCGAGGUACUGGUCACGCGCCUUGAGGGCAGAUGGAUUGCCGCGACGUUCUGUGGUCGGUCUCUGGCUUGGUGGAUUGGCUUACACGGAUGCAGUUCAUAUCUACUCAAUAGCCAGGGCUGGAUAUAUCCCCCAGCUCUUUUCGCUCAAGCUGCCAAAUCCCGACGUUAUCUACGAGCUCCUUCACAAAGCCAACGCCAAAUCGCUCAUUUACGACUCAUCAUAUGUUCCUGAUCUCGUCAACUGCCCGGUCACGACACAUGCUGUAGUACAUGUCCGCCCACAAGACUUGCAGGAUGCUCCCCUUCCCAGCAUGCCUGAUCUCACGACAGUCAAGGGAACGGACACGGUCAUGAUCUUCCACACGUCAGGUUCCACGUCCGGAUCCCCCAAGUUGAUUCGAUGCAGCUAUUCGUGGCUCAACACAAUUAUCGCAAAAGCUGGUCGCGUCAGCAAAAGUAUUCGGCAAACCGAGCAGGACGUCACGGUGAUCAUGGGAAGCAUGUGUCAUAUCGGCCAGACAUUCAUGCUGCUCGGUUCGCUCCAAAAUGGAGCCUGCACAAUUCAACCCACGGAGAUAUCAUUCUCCUCUGAGGAGCUGCUCGACAUGAUCGUCCGUUGCCGCUUGAACCGUAUAAACCAGUUCCCCGCUUAUCUCGGCAUUCACCUCCGUAACUCGCGCCAUAACCCCAAGCUGCUCGCCCAGCUUCGCGCUCUUGAUGAGAUCCUCUACUCCGGGGGACAGAUGCCACGCGAGGAUGAGGAAUGGGCAUACAGUAAUGAUUUGAAAUUGCUCAACGCCUUCGGCAGCACGGAGUGUGGGUUGAUGCUCCUCUCCAUGCGCGGUGGAGGACGCCCCAGUCCAUCGCUCCGUCCGAUCAUGGAAGGAGUGAAAUAUGGGUUCUUCCCCAUCUCAUCUCAGGACGAAGGUGCAUAUGCAAAUCUCAACAAUCAGCUCGUUGAACUGGUCAUCUUGGCCGAAUCACCCGAUUGCCCCGAUCCUUCGCUGCGUUCUGCUGAUGGCCACUAUCACACUGGCGACCUGUUCAUCGAGGUAUCACCUGGAGCGUACGUUUCGCGCGGACGCAACGACGACUGGAUAAAAACCGCGGUUGCUCUGCGGUGCGAUACGAAAUCGAUCGAGGAUAACGUCAUCUCUACGUGCGGAGAGCUCGUCGCGAACUGCAUCGUCGUAGGCAACGGGCGACCAUCGCCAGCUCUUUUCGUCGAAGCUGCUGUUGCGAUGGACGAGGAAAGAUUGAAGAAGGAGAUUAUCCGCCGGACGCGGCACUUCCACUCCAGGAGAUACAUCCACGAGCGGAUAACGUCCACGAAGAUGGUCAUUGUCGUGCCGCGCAAUAUACUUCCGCGCACGGCGACCAAGGGCAACAUUCGCCGAAGAGCAGUGGAGGAAAUGUUCAAGGCGGAACUCGAUGCGAUGUUUUCCUCGUGA